AUGUCCUCAUCGUCAUUGUUAUUGAUUGAGAAUCCCAAAUAUUCCUGGCUGAAAGAUUUGGGAUUGCAAUCCGAAAAUCCUGGUGUUUUCCAUGGCAAGUGGACUGGAAAUGGAAAGGUUGUCACAUCAGAAUGUCCUGCUAACAAUCAACCGAUUGCUAGAGUAACUGAGGGAAAUAUUGAGGAUUAUGACAAUUGUAUCACUGCUGCUCAGAAAGCUUGGGCUGAUUGGGCUGAUGUACCAGCACCCCAAAGAGGAGAAAUAGUUAGACAGUUGGGCAACGCUUUGAGAGAUAAGAAAGAAUUGCUCGGAAAGUUGGUGUCUUUAGAGAUGGGCAAGAUACUGUCCGAAGGUGCAGGUGAGAUCCAGGAGUACAUUGACAUUUGUGACUAUGCUGUUGGCCUUUCUAGAAUGUUCUCCGGAAAAAUCAUUCCAUCCGAAAGGCCGAAACAUAUUUUACUGGAGAAUUGGAAUCCACUGGGUGUGGUUGGGGUGAUAACUGCCUUCAACUUUCCAGCUGCUGUGUUUGGCUGGAAUAAUGCCAUUGCUCUUGUCUGUGGAAACACCACGUUAUGGAAAGGCGCGCCGACCACCCCACUAACGAGCAUUGCUGUCACCAAAGUAGUACAAGAGGUACUAGAGAAAAAUAACAUGCCACCAUCCAUUUGUUCCAUGAUAUGUGGAGGAGCUGAUGUUGGGCAAGCAAUGGCCAAGGACCCCAGGAUUCCCCUAGUUUCUUUUACAGGAAGUUGUUCGAUAGGACAAAAAGUUGCAGUUGAAGUUACAAGGAGGUUUGGUCGCCGUUUGCUCGAGCUUGGAGGCAACAACGCAAUCAUUGUAAACGAAGAUGCGGAUUUAGAUAUGGUCGUUAGGGCGGCGCUGUUCGCCUGCAUGGGUACAGCCGGCCAGAGGUGCACUACAACUAGGAGGCUGAUUUUGCACGAGAAGAUUCACGAUGCGGUAGUUGAGAGAUUGAAGAAAUCAUACGAACAAGUUGUCCUAAGGACUGGCGAUCCAUUGGAAGGCAACACGUUGUACGGUCCCAUGCACAGCAAACAAGGUGUCCAACAAUUUCAAUCUGCUAUUCAGACUGCCAUCUCUCUUGGCGGGAAAAUCGAAUUUGGCGGGAAGGUCAUGGACAGACCAGGAAAUUAUGUCGAGCCAACAAUUGUUACCAACUUAUCUCACGAUUCACCCAUUGUUCACCAAGAGACAUUCGCUCCAAUUGUCUACGUUCUGAAAGUUAAGUCAUUGGAUGAGGCGAUAAGAUGGAACAACGAGGUUGAGCAGGGACUUUCAAGCAGUCUCUUUACAAAGGAUGUUGGAGCCAUAUACAACUGGCUGGGCCCCAAAGGUUCCGACUGUGGCAUAGUGAAUGUUAACAUUCCAACCAAUGGUGCCGAGAUUGGUGGUGCAUUUGGUGGUGAGAAGCAUACUGGUGGAGGGAGAGAAUCUGGAAGCGAUUCCUGGAAGCAAUACAUGAGAAGAUCUACCUGCACCAUAAACUACGGCAGAGAGCUCCCUCUAGCUCAGGGCAUCAAAUUUGAAUGA